GCCACUCGUCGUAAGUAGCAAAAUAAAACAUUCAGCCUCUAAUCUUGGCCCGCUGGAAAAAUCGCGAGAAGCAGUGAUACUGCAUUUGUACUUCCUCGCGAUGUGAACAUUGGCAAUAUAAGUGUCAGUCCGUUCGCAAUAUCUCUUUAAAGAAAAUAAUACAAUUGUUAAAAUACGGUCGAUAGAGGACCCUACGCGGUAACAAUGUGUCAGAGUAAGGUCUGAUUUCAGUGAUGCCUACACGCAGCCAACAACAGUUUAUAUGUGUGUGUAUGCGCUUGUUUGUGUGUCUAAAUUGACGUGCUUGCAGUUGGCUUAUUAUUGGGAUGGAUUAUGUUUCUAAGUGGUGAAAUGGAAAAUAAAGGAGACGAGGAUGUGGAAAAACUUAAGACAAAGUUCAGGUCGGCAUGGCACAAUGUGAAGUACAGUUGGGCGCUGAAGUCUAAGACCUCAUUCAGUAGGAAUUCUCCAGUGUUCCUGUUGGGAAAGUGUUACCAUUUCAAGGCUGAAGAGGAUGAGGACACUCUGGCUGAAGCUGGCCGUGAGGCCUGGAAUGAAGUCCCGCACCGGGGGAACGCUGAGUCGUUCCGCAGGGACUUUGCUUCACGUGUGUGGCUGACCUAUAGGGAGGAGUUCCCACCCUUACCCGGCUCCACCCUGACAUCUGACUGUGGCUGGGGCUGCAUGCUGAGGACUGGACAGAUGAUGCUGGCUCAGGCCCUCAUCCUGCACUUCCUGGGCAGAGACUGGACGUGGUCAGAGGCCCUGAACUUGGAGUCCUUGGACACAGGGACACGGACCGCCAGGGCAGCCCAGCGCCUGGUAGCCACACUUGAGUCCUCUCUGCCUGGCUACCAAGACCCCAAAAGACCCCGGUCCCUUCCUGGGCCCCGGCUCCAGGCCCAGGGCGGCUCCCAGAGCCAGGGGGCUGCAGAGGAAGCCGACGGCCACCUGAGGGAGCUGUACCACCGCACGUUGGUGUCCUGGUUUGGAGACAUCCCCGGGGCCCAGCUGGGCCUCCACAGCCUGGUCCGCUUAGGCCUGGAGCUGGGCAAGCAGGCUGGGGACUGGUACGGGCCAGCCGUGGUGGCACAUAUCUUGAAAAGAGCUGUAGAGCAGGCAACAGAGCCUGGAUUGGCCAGCAUAACUGCUUACGUCUCACACGACUGCACAGUGUACAAUGCAGAUGUCAUUGACAUCCACAGGUCAAAGUCCUUUGCUCAGAGUUCAGGCAAUCCUUCCCCACUCGACAGCCAAGGCCCAACCUCCAUCCCAUUGGACACCCAAGGCCCAGCCUCCAUCCCAUUGGAUAGCCGGGCUGUCAUUAUCCUUGUCCCAGUUCGGUUGGGUGAGGAUAAGACCAACCCAGAGUACUUCAACUUCGUCAAGAGCGUUCUGAGUUUGGAGUUCUGUAUCGGUGUCCUUGGGGGGAAGCACGAACAGGCUCGCUAUUUAGUGGGAUUUCAAGACGACAGCUUGAUUUACAUGGACCCUCAUUACUGUCAGUCUUUUGUGGAUGUCAGCAAGAGCACCUUUCCUCUGCAGUCUUAUCACUGCCCGUCGCCAAAGAAGAUGCCGUUUGCGAACAUGGACCCGAGUUGCACCAUAGGGUUCUAUUCUAGGACAGUCCAGGACUAUGACCGAAUCAGCCAAGAGCUUUCCAAGUUGCUGCGGCCGUCUGCGCGGGACAAGUACCCGGCGUUCACCUUGUUGGCGGGUCACGGCCGGGACUACGACCUGUCUAGCAGCCUGACACCCGAGAAGAGGGAGUGGCCGUUUAUCCGAGACCCUUGCAGGGCAACCACCAGCAUGGGUGACUUUGUCCUGCUCUGAGGGGUCCGCGUGGACCUUCAGACUCCAUUCACUCUGAUCCCCAGAGGUCAGGGGACUUUGCCAAACUGUCGGCCUUCCAAAGCACAGUGUUUAAAACGAUACGUCUUUGAGAUGGAGGGAGUUGUUAAAAUCUAUGGGCGACUCAGGUUAUGCAUAGGUGUUCAGAAUAGUUUGCAAGCGUAUUUAUUUCCCAUUCCUGAUUGGCAAACGGUGUUCAAUAUUGUCAACUCCUAGACGCCUGUAGACAUAAAAACCCUUUCACUUGUCACUUUUGAAUAGUAUCUAUGUCUGAUAUUUUCAAAAUGUACCUUUUUCGGAUGCCGCUUUUGGUAAACCUUAAUUCUUAGUUCAUGCCUAACACGUACAAUUAACAAUCAACUGGACAAUAAUAUCCAUCUCCACACCUAUAUGAACCAAUACAAUAUCUGUAACUGUAAAAUCACAUUGAUAAACAACUGUCAAUGGAGAGAAAAAGGCUGUUGUUUUUGGGUACUUUCUUGGUUUGAAAGGUUAUGGCUACUAAUGUAAAAUAUCAGAAGAAAAACAUAUAUAUAACACUUAGUCCAGUUAUUUAAAAAAUGUAAUAAAAUCUCUAAGAUUUUGAAUAUUUAAGAUUAAUUGAAUCUUCUGCUGUAAAUGUGCAACUGCAAUACCAAAUGUAGACACGAUACUAAAUGUGGACACAAUACUUAAUGCACACUCGAUUAAUUUAAGCACUUGAAAUUGCUUUUUAAACUGUUGUGCAGAAAAACUCAAUAAGAUAAAAACCAUUGCCUUUCUAUAUAAUUGGUCCAGGAAAGAAAUACAAUAAAUAGACGCAUAGUUUCUCUCAUUUCCAAUCCUGAGUGCAAACGUUGCUGGUGUGUUGAAAUGCAUUGGGACCUCUUCCAUUUCACAUCUGGUCCAAAGCAGCAGAUUAAAACUAAUCGGACGUGGUGCCCGUCUCUCCAGCCCAUUAACCAGGGAGCAGAUAGUAUGUGACCCACUGACACCGGUGGCGGUGGCGUUCGCCUAUGAAGGAAAAGAAAAUAUCCUUGUGUGCAGUGCCACACACACACACACACACACACACACACACACACACACACACACACACACACAGAGAGUCUGUUUUCCUCUACAUUACAAAUUCUGUGCCAAGAGGUCAGGGAGAGAUGACUGGAUGGAUGGACAGAAGAAGAAUCCCUCAUCUGUCCCCUGUUCCUUCAUAGCACUGGGGGGGGGGGGAGAUACAUAAAGGCCUCAUUUAGGUCCUCUGCUCUCAUCCCUGGUUGUUUUUAGAAGGACUACACAACUGGCGGGAACUCAGUUUCCCACGGCAACAGACUGGCACCCUUCAGGUCCUCAGAGAGAGAGAGAGAAUGUUGGAAGUCAGC